ACAAUUUUUUUGUUUCGCUUGAAACGUUGACGUGUAUACAUCGCUUGUUCGUAUCGGUUUCUGCUUUCGUGUUCGGGUUUACUCCCUCUCUUUGAGUGCGUUUUUAUAAGUCCGUUAGUGGCUAGAAGGCUGUAAGGACACGGUGACAUCAUGCCACCCACAAUCACUGCCAACAAGUCGCAUGACUUUAAGGCCCACUACGAUCUCGCCCAUAUGCAGGAUGGAGAGACAGACGAUGCAUAUGUGCAGAGAAUCACGAGAUACUCUGAUGGAACUGUCAAAUUGCGCAACUCGAACAUUGAGCUGAUGGACCAGGAUAUUCUCUAUCAUCUGGCUUUGGGCAGUGAGAGUCAUGAUCUUCAAGAGAUGUUUGGCGACGUUAAGUUCGUUUGCAUGGGCGGAACACCGAAGCGCAUGGAGAACUUUGCACACUUCAUUAUGGACGAGAUAGGUUACAAGCUGCCCGCUGGCACCCAGCUGCAGGACAUCAGUGCCUACUCGUAUCGCUACUCGAUGUACAAAGUUGGUCCUGUGCUUUGUGUCAGUCACGGCAUGGGAACGCCCUCGGUCAGCAUUCUGAUGCACGAGAUGAUCAAGCUGAUGUACCAUGCCAAGUGCAUUGAUCCGAUCUUCAUACGCAUCGGCACUUGUGGCGGCAUCGGAGUGGAGGGCGGCACUGUCAUCAUCACCGAGGAUGCCCUCGAUGGUCAGCUUAGGAAUUCCCAUGAAUUCACCAUUCUUGGCGAGACUGUGCACCGUCCGGCCAAGUUGGACAAGAAGCUGGCCCGUGAUCUGAAAUCCCUGCACAGUGCCGACGAUCCCUAUGACACCAUCAUCGGCAAGACCCAGUGCACAAAUGAUUUCUACGAGGGCCAGGGCCGUCUGGAUGGCGCCUUCUGCGAGUUCACCGAGAACGAUAAGAUGGCCUACCUGGAGAAGCUUCGCGACCAUGGUGUGGUCAACAUCGAAAUGGAGAGCACCAUCUUCGCAGCCCUGACCCACCAUGCCGGCAUUAAGGCAGCCGUCGUCUGUGUGGCUAUUCUGAAUCGUCUGAACGGCGAUCAGGUGAACGCCCCCAAAGAGGUCCUGCACGAGUGGCAGCAGCGCCCCCAGAUACUUGUGGCACGCUACAUACGGAAGGUGCUAACCCGCGACGGCCAGCUGAAGAAUCUGUUCGGGCAUCAGGGAUCGAUAAAGUCGCCCCGUCGCUUCAAGCUCGUCCAGCAGGAGUCCCAGGCCCACGAGUAGACACUCGAUCAUCUUGCCUGUCCCUAUCAUUUGAGGAUACCCUCUACGAAUAUCGGUGUCGCAUCUCUCCAGUAUACAAUGGUGUUUCAACAUUCCCUAGUUUAGCUCUGCUUAAGUUCCUAGCUUCAUUUCCGUGUAUAUCAACCUCAUUAGCUUAUUUAAACCCAAGCAUAUUGUAUGUAUAUUCAUUUAGCAAUAAAAUGCUGAACUGCGUUCCCUACGUCCCACAAAAAUCUAAUACGUAUAUCGUAUAUCGUGUAACCGUUUAUAUUUAGAUAUACAUAUAUCAAAGGUUAUCAAAAAUAAAUGAAAUCACAAAAUGGUUUUCGAAAAAGGAGAACGAAGCUAAUAACAAAUAGAUCAAAUAAAAAAAAAUUGUUAAUUGUUAUGUUGCAUAUUCUACAUGGAGCUAAUCGAUAAUAAUGAAUGGAUUCAUAACAAAUAGUUCCAUGAACCUAAAAUAAUAUUUCAUAAAUUAUUCAAUUCAAUUGUAUUGUAAUUCCUAAACAUUGGUUAAAUGUAAAUGUUGAUUAAUGUUGCUAACUUAUCUCAAGCCUAUAUACUGUAUAACGAAACCAACAGCUUAUCUUACUCUAUCAAAUUCUAUCAAUCCAAAACAAAAUCAA